UAUUUCGGUUUUCUGAUUGGAAAUAUGUCUACUGAGUCACAUGGUUCAAUAUAACAUUACUUUAGCUUCUAUCAGCAGAUGUCUAUUUUAAGAAAGAGCUUUUACAGGAAAUCUUCUAGUUUCAGCAUAAUCAUUGUUCAGUUCCAUGAUUUCACUGAAAAGGGAACUUCACUGUUGCAAACGACUUCACUCAAGACUCAGACACUGACUCUAACAACGUUGGAGUCUCGCAUGAUCAUGAUCAUCGAUAACACUUGCGUCCCUGGAAAUGACACGGCCACAUGUUUGGCCCCCAGCUCCCCAGUAGGUCUGGCUGUUGGGCUGACAUUCUUCUUCCUACUGGUCGUGAUCGUAGCUGGUGUAAUCGUCUACAAAUACCACAGAAAAAUGAGGAAUGUGCUUCAGUUUGGACAAACAAGAAGCCCGAAAAAUGAGGACUAUAGGGAGACAUCACAAGAGGAUUCCAAUCACUACACCAAUAUGAACAGAGACCAGUCGUCAGGAGAGGCGCCUAUUUAUGAAAACUUGACAGCUCGGACUGCUGUUCACAACAGGCCUGUAGUAAACAAGAGAAAGUCGCUCCCUGAACCUGAAGAGGAUGUGUACUUGCAGUGUGAUUCACAAGAUGAUGCAAUAUACAGCAAUGAUGUGGCGUGUAACCUGUCCAUCCUCCCAGAAUGCCAGGAAGAAGACGUGUACAUCGUGCCAGAUUUAUUAUAGGACACAUCUCUAUUCAAUGCUCAGCAUAUACAUUUUCAUUUUUUACAAAACUGCUGCUUUUGACAUAGCUGACCUGCAAACAAAAACAAAUACUGCCGUGUCUGUAGUGUCUUGAUAUAAGUAGACCCACAUGCAGUAUAUUUUACA